AUGCCAAAGCAAGACAUGGAAUCCAUUUCAGUCGGACUUCCACAGGUCCACGCCAAAGGAUCUCAAUCCCCCAAAGCCCCAUCCAACGACUUCAUCACAGGCUGCUGGCACGUCACCCACUCAAGCCUCCCUCUCUGGAAAGGCAAACGCAAUGUCAACAUCACCUACAAGCUGCUCCCCGCCGAAUCAGGAAUUCAAAAGAUCGAUGAUCUAGUCCAAUACCAAGCCAUCGACUCUGACAAAAUCAAAACUGUCCAUGGAAUCGAUACCCCGACGCCAGGCACUCCUGGCGCCUGGGACUGGCGCGGGAAAGGCUGGCUGAUCAUCGCCAGCUCCCACUGGGAAUGUCUGGGCUUUGGCCAAGUCGAUGAUGGCAAUCAAUGGGUGGUGACCUAUUUUGCGAAAACGCUCUUCACGCCUGCGGGUGUUGAUAUCUACUCUCGCAAUAAGGAGGGUCUUCCCCAGGCGACUGUUGAUGGUAUUUUGGAAGCUCUCAGGGGCUUGGGGGUGAAGGACAUUACUGACCUAGCCAAUGCGAUCUUCCAAAUUCCGCAGAAGUAG